UACAUCGUGACAGCCGCGUUCGUACUCGUUGUUUGUUUUGUAAAUAAUUCACGUUCGCGGUACGGGAAAUUUGUCAAGUGAUCAAUUACUCAAAUCGCAUGAAUAUUUUCAAUAAUACACAAGAAAUGUAUCCCUUCGUGCUAGCGAUCAAGUGAAUAUUGCCGAGUACGCGCAAGAAUUGUGUUUAGUGUUUAUAGGUCACCCCAAAAUGGCCUCAUGGUUCGCUGCCAAGUCGAGUCCGUUUUACAUCAGUGAUUACACGCGAGUUUCACGUUAAUUCAAGUGGGAUUCAAAACAUUUCAACAGCAGACAUCGCGGAUAAUUUUUAGUAAAAACAUAUAAUGGGGGCUAAUAAAGGCGGAAAACUCAAUCGAUUGCAUCGGAAAAAGAAGAAGAAAAAUAAAAAAUCAAAGAGACAAAAAACGGAUGCUCAUGAAGAUAAUCGAAUCGCAAGUUUGAUGCUAAACAGUCAGAACACAUCUGCAAGGAUACAGGACCUGAUAAAAGACACGCUAGCGAAUGUCACACGCGAGAAAAUCAUUCAGUUAUUGUUCCAAGUGAGAUCUAGGGCCGAUUAUUGCUAUGAUUUUGAUUUCAGUUGGUGGCUGCAAAAGUUUCUAGAACUCGGGGACGAUGUGAAUCUUAUAGAGGCUGCGUAUUUAAUUGUGAAUGCAGGACACAUUUACGAGAAAAAGGUUGACUUUUUUUAUGAACUUGUCCGCCGGUCUGCAGAACGCAAUGAAAAUGAAUCAGAGGCUACUGAUAAAAAGCAACAGACACCGAAAACCAGAAGAAAAAUUACACGCCAGGCCGUCACAGUGCACGAUCGGCUUUACGAAUCGGAAAUGUUAAUUAAACAAUUCAAGCAAAUGCCUCCGGAGAGAAUUACGGAAGUAUUGUCUACUUCGAGCUUUAAAGCGCCGUCAACUUACUUCAAAAAGUGGGCGGAGUACAAACAGUGGCGAAUUAAUCAUAAGAAAAAGAUGAAAAGUGCACUGCCAUACUCCACGGUGUGUGAUGAUAUGUACCUUCAUCCAGCCAUGUGGGGGCUGUCAUGCAUAGAAGACUUCGAUUACGACGAUGAUCUAGACACGAAACGGAAUUAUCGCAUGUUCACGCACUUCAUGGAGCACCGUUUUAAUACACUUGUACCUGAUAUCAAUUUUAUUAUGCACUUUAAAGUUAAGGACUUCAUUGAAGCGGAGGAGGAUGAGAUCGCAAUCAUGAAGAUUCUGGAUCUACCAACUCCGCCCAGUCGAGAAUGGCCGCCGUUUUGUCGAACACCGUACUCAAAAGAGUAUGCGAAGGAGACAUUUAACGUGGACAUAGGGGAAAGUGCAGAGGAUUAUUUGAAGAAAUAUGUCGAUCUGGAGGAUAUUGUCUUGGAGAAGCAAACAUAUGAAAUCGACAGUGAUUUAAUUCGUAGCGCAACAGAAGCACAGAAAAAUAAUAAAAAUGUUCAGAGUAGUGUCUGUCAAACCACGACUUCAGGACAAGCUCCUUUGCCUGAGAUAGAAAAUUUGCCGCUUGCCAACAAUGUAAAUGUCAACGUUGAUUUAGUUGCGGAUGGUCAGCUGGUGGAACUGGAGCUUGGAAUUAAUGACUUCGAAGAUGCUGUAGAUGUGGGUAACGUAAAUAAUGCUCUGGAAUCUAGCAAAGUAGCGGAAGGGCUGAAUUCCGUUCAUACUUCAAUUGCUGUGCAGCUUACUGGAAGCACAGAAGGGGCUGUUAACAACGGACCAGCAGAAAUUGGAACGGAUGUUGCUCCUGUUAACAAGGAAUCGGCAGAAAUUGAGACGGGAAUUGGCCCUGUUAACAAAGAUCCCGCAGAAAUUGAGACGGGUGUUGCCCCUGUUAACAAAGAAUCCCCAGAAAUUGGGGCGGGUGUUAACAAUGAACUGCGCAGUUCUGAAGGUGACAUUGCGAAUACAAAUGCCGUAAAUGUAGCUAGUGCUGAUGCAACUCCUACCACGGCCGUUGUGUCGGGGGAAACUGCUGAAGUCCUGACUUCGUCGGCAGAUCCCCAAGCACCUACACAGGAGAAUGGUGCACCUAUUGGGAAAGAAACCAACCGUUCUGGCUUAGAAAAUGCUGACAUCAUCGAAAUGUUAGCUGAAAAUUUAGCAAAAGCCUUAAAUUCGAAUACUCCUUUAAACAUCAAAAAUUCAUUAGAAAAUGGUCAGCAACCACUCGAAUCAUCCGCAGAACCUGCGCUUAUAGAAUCGAUUGAAAUCCUCGCCCCGUUGAAUGAAGAGUUAAUGAAUGGAGAACGCAAUCCACAAACUGCCAUAGACGAAAUUCCGAUUUCUAUUGAUAUAACUACAAUUGAAGAUCAGAGAGAAGGCGUGCGAGUUGGCAGUAGGGACGCGCCUAGUAUAAUCUCAGAAAAUAUCAAGAGUAAUAUUUCUGACCAAAUCGUUAUACGGAUUAGUAUUGACGAAGGAAUCGCUUUCGGUGAUUUGGAUGACGUUGACAAAGCUAUGUUGAGUCCGGUCGUCGAACUUGUUGACAUAUUCAAUCCAAUUAAAGAGGAAGUACUCAGUUGUGAAGAUCUCAAUUUUACGGUUGAAAAAGGAUUUCGGAAUAUUCUUGAAAUUGAUGAACGCUUCUUGGAUUUGCAAGAAAAUUUCCAGUUACCUCUUGACUUUAUUCAUAAAAAUCCAGAAAUUCGAUAUAAUUUCUUGAAGUUGCCGGAAACGCGACUGAAAAGGAAGAUUAAUUUUGCCCUUCCUGCGGAGUUUGAUCUUUACAUGAGUAGUCGGAUAAAGCGGAGAUGCCAUGAUAGGAGCGACGCUCCACCGAGGGUAAUAAGAGUAUUCAAAUUGAAUGAACAAAAUAUCAAAAAUAUUCCCAUGACCCCACCAGCAACACCGAAUCCAGAUGAUGAUUUUCUGGGAUUCGAUGAAGACAAUGAGGCAUUUCGGAGCAUUACGUGCGAUGAUAUCCUUUCAUCAACUCUGAACACAUCCACAACUUUACCACCUACACCGAAUCGAACUAUAUCGCGGGAUUCAGGAAUUGGGCUGACAUCCCUUUCAGACUCGCAGAUAACUAACAUGUCUACCAUUGAGGAAUCUGAUGGGGCCAUCACUAUUGAAAUUUCCACAGAAGAUAGCGGAAUUUCCACAUCUACGGGACCUGAAACAUCCGUAAACCAAGAUAUUUCUAUAGCGCUUGACGGCAGUGAAAUUGUGAAAGUUAUUCCUGCGUCUAAUGGUAUCGAUGGGAUGAUAUGUGAAGGUGACACUGUCGAAAGAGAUAACGUGACGAUAAAUUUAGAAAAUGCAGGCUCAAGCAAUCAAAUUGAUGAAACAAUUGAAAGGAAUGAAGCAGGUCCUUCAACGAAACGAGUGACCAUUGAAGAGAGUGCCGAGUUUGAACAAAAUCUGUAUGAAAAGUGCAAUAAUAGAAUAAUGGAAAAACGAGCCAGUGAAAUGAAUUUAAUGAUGGAAAGGAUCCAAAAGUGGCAUAGAUAUUUACGACCAAUAUUGGCUGUAUCAAUGGAAAGACAUCAUUUUGAUAUAUUCGCAAUCGGAACGGAUAUUAUCGACACCUUUCCAAAAGAGGAUGUAGUCAAAGAAACGCCGCCCGUCACCACCCUCGAAGAUGUAAUGGCAGAUCGUGACCCAACAUUCCUUUCAAGAUACUUUUUAUCGAUGUUGCAAUUGGCAAAUGCAAACAACGUCGAAAUUAAUGUAAAGAGCCGCGAUUCAAACAAGCCAACAGCACUACGUGAUGUUAAUUUGAAACUACUCAGUCGCAAACGACAUUCAGUUGCUAUUGAGGAUGAUAUCGGUGCAAGUGUUCAUUCAUCGCGGAAACGACAACAUCCGCUCACAGAUGAGAGCGACUCCGACAGUGGGGAAGGAUCGUCUUCUCCAGUCAAAUAUACGCUUUCCUUAGACCAUAGGCAAAAUUCUACGACUCCAUACAGUAAGCAACCCGCGCCAAAUGCUGCUCCUCGGAUUCCAAUGAAUCGAGUUGUGAACAAAGUACAAGAAACUCCGAACGGAAGAGAUAUUCGAGGUUAUGGGAGUAGUCAGCCUCGGGUAGCGCCUACUCCACCGGAUAAAGCUAUCGCAUCAGGAAGCAGAACUAGUACACCCUGUGCAACCGCCACGAACCCUUCGCAUCUGCAGAAAGCAAUGACAACUGAUAUAAACCAGGACGCACGGGCAAAACUGUUACAGUCGUCGUUAGUUCGUGCAAGUCUAUCUCCGAUUCCUUCUUGUUCAAGAGGAGCAUCAAGCAGUAACCGUGUUCACACAGACCUACGUCAAGAUAAGGUUUCAAGUAGUAAAAUUAUAUAUAAAAGGGAUUUCCCUUCAGUAAGUAAUGCAUUGCUUUCUAUAUAUAAAAGUAGAAAACAAGCUUUUAAAGAUUGUAGUAGUGAUAAUUUUUCAACUCCUAGCAAAAAUCAAGAAAUUUUAUCAAAAGCGAAUGCAUCCUCAGACCACACAAAUUUGCGAGGAUCUUCCUCGAAAGAAUUGCCCCCAUUUGAACUAAUAAGAAGACAUGAUGAAGUGGCUGAGAAAUGUAUAAAAAAGUACAUUGAAGCAGAGGUUUCCCCUAAUAGCACUUAUUUUGUGGAAAAUAUGAACCAGUCGAAUAUCAAGUCCCAAGAAAGUACUAGCAGUUCAACGCCCGCAUAUCCGAGACUAAUACGAACCCAGGAAACUAUAAGUUUCCCGAAGCGUUCACGACUAGGCAAUGAUGAUCUAGAUUCGGGCAUUUUCAGUGAAUUCUCAAUGAGUGAGAAUGUUCAGAGUUGAUUGUGAUAGUUGAUGACUUUUUUCCUCCUUUUUUUGCUUUAAGAUUGCAGUAUGAAAGUUCGUGUGCAUGCUUGUUGAAAUGUAUGAAGCUCAGCGUAACGCAUUUUGCUCUGGAAGCAUGAUUGCACGAUUCUUUGAAGAAGAAUUUCUAUUAGGAGACAAUUUCUUAGCCUUUUCUUUCACCGAACAGGGUAUGGAUGCUUGAUUGGCUAUUUAUGAUUUGAAUUUUUUAAAAAAUCACUAAUUGUUGGGAUUGUUGCUAACUAGCAAAUUCUGCUUAUGAUUUUUCUCAAUUUUUUUUUAUCUGGAGCGAUCAGUUUCUUGUAACAGUACAAAACUUGUGAGUGGUGUGUAGCUUAAAUUUGUGAUUGUAUGCUUGUGUUAUUGUUUAUCGUUUAAAAGCCAUGAAGAGAAUUUCGCUUUGAUUUAUCAGUAUUUAUCAGAACAUGUACAUACUUAUAGAAAAAAGUGGCAAACAUGAUUAUUUUUUUUAUUUUCUUUCAAUAGUUUUGUUUAGUCUCGAGGGUUCUUAUAACGCGUGAUUUAUGCGAUUAUGGAGAUGUAAGUUAGAAUGGGAUGGCAAACUCUUUUGAGGAUAUAAAUAGCUUUGACAAAUAGUUAACCUACAAAUUGCUUAAAAUAAUAUACUUUGAACUCUUUAGGAGCUAGAUCGUAAUUUGUGAGUGAUGAUUUGUACGUUGUCGUCGAUGUUUUUUAAUCCUUGUAGUAAAAUCUGCUGCGGAACCCCCCUGACCAUCAUUGGAGAAGGUUUUCAGUCAGUCAUUUACUUCCGGUUUUUGGUGUUUUUUCUAUUGCAUAUUUCGAAUCUUGGAAUACAUUUCCCUCCGCCGGUAUAUCGAGUGGAUACUCUAUCCUUUGAGGUCCCUUUUCAGGUAUAAAUAAAUUUCUCAGAAAGAUUAACUCACCAAUUGUUGACAAAACAUAAAAAAAAUCCCGAGACGGAAGAAGGUGUCCUCUGCGGCCCUGAUAUUACAGAUUAUUUCGUAAAUUUUUAUAAUCACGGUUUACCUUUAUAUUGGGUUGGGGAAAAAUAAAUGUCGUAUUUGUGAUCGAAAUUUUAGGCUUUAUUUAACAUACUUGUUUGCAAACUUCUUGCCAUUUAGAAGGCAAUGUCAUUAUCCCCCCUCCCCUUAUUUGCAAAAAACUCAGGCAGCCAGUUUUCGUAAGCCUCUUUUGAGGCCAAUCUAGUAGCACCAAUAGCGUUUUGAAUGGACCGGAAGAGAUGGUAAUCACUUGGUGCCAGGUCCGAACUAUACAGUGGGUGCGAUAUGACAUCCCAUCCGAGCUCCCGUAGCGUCUGGCGGGUCAUAAAAAAUGUGAGGCCGAGCGCGUUGUCCUGGUGGAACACAACACCAUUCCCAUUGACCAAUUCUGGCCGCUUCUGGUCAAUCGCCUGUUUCAAACGGUCGAGUUGCUGACAGUAGACGACCGAAUUGAGGGUCUGGCCAUAGUUGAGCAGCUCAUAGUGGAUAAUUCCCUUCCAACCCCACCAAACACUCAACAAAAUCGUCCUGGCCGUCAAUCCGGGCUUGGUGAUGGUUUGGGCCGGCUCGCCGUGCUUCGACCACGAUCUUUUUCGCGUGAGAUUUUCGUACCUGAUCCACUUUUUAUCACCAGCCACCAUCCGCUUCAAAAUUGGGUCGAAUUCGUUCCGUUUCAGCAGUGCAUCGCAGGCGUUGAUUCGGUCGAACAGAUUUUUUUGCGUCAACUCGUGUGGCACCCAAACAUCCAGC